UCGCUACCAGCUUAUGAGGGAACCAGCUGCAGUGAACAAAGUACGUUACAUCAUAGGAUAAUAGCAUUGAAUUGGAUUCUUGAACCAGAGCCAUGUGAACCUGGUCCACCUGUACCUCUCAUUGAAGACCUAUUAACAUCACCAGAGUAUGUUCAUUCUGAUACCCCUAUGGUAUGGUUACAGAAUGCAUUAUCCCUGAAUCCAUUAAAAGAGCUGCAUUGGCAACGAAACAACCCAAUGUGGUCGAUUGUAAGGAAAUAUAGCAUAUCAGCUUCCAACUUUGGUGCAGUUCUCAGUUCUAAGCAAAGGCGAUUGACAUUGUCACUGAAGAAACAGCUGAUGUCGGCUUACAAUCUGGAGUCCAUCAAGGCUGUUGCAUGGGGUAUCACUCAUGAAGAUGAUGCUUUGAGAAAGUAUGAAAAGGACUUAGAUGCAGCUGUAGAGCAGUCAGGAUAUGGUUGCAUGAAUCCGGAGUGUUGGGAGCUUCACCUGAUGGCUUAGUUGUUCGACCACCAACAUGCAGUGUAUUUUAUCAAACUCCAGAAGCCAAAGACGCCAUUCCUAAUAUUGUAGAGGUGAAGUGUCCAUAUACAGCAUCGUCUUCAACAGUAGCAGAUGGGGCACAAAAUUUGAAGGAUUUUUCAUAGAUCUUAAACAAGAUACCCUGUGCCUGAAAACCAGUCACCCAUACUAUCAUCAAAUUCAAGGCCAGCUACACAUAUGUAACAAAACAUUCUGCGACUUAAUUGUGUGGACAAGAGUAGACUGCAUUGUGAUUAGAAUAGUAAAAGACAUUGAAUGGACAGCAAAUGUUCCAAAGCUGAUAGAUUUCUACAUUAACAUUUUCAUUCCAGCACUGAUGGAAAACUGAGUUCUGGUUUGAACUUCUUGACACUUAGUUUUGUACCUCUAGAAUUUUCUAACAAUGGAAAAUGGGUAAUCGUGUUAAUUGUGUUGAAUGUUCCUAAGUCUCAUAAAUGUAUGAUAUGAUAUGUCACAAUCCAUCAUAAAACUUCUGGCUUAUAAGACUAUUUUAAAUAGCAAUGAUGAUUAAUAAAAUCUAUGUACUACAUAAAAAAAGAAUAUCAAAAUUUAGAAUCAUUUUAUUAAUGAAUUGAAGAUGUUAUUCUCAAAGUGAAAAUGUAACAUUUUGGUCUUUCUUAAUAGAUAAAUUGUUGAAAACAUGAA